AAGGGCGCCAGCAAGCUGGCUGCCCGCGUGCCUGCUUCGGGGCAGCCCAACGUGUACGUGGCCGUGGCGGCCAAGGCUUUUCCUCUUGUUGCGCUACUGAAGCGUGUCAGCGACACGCGCCGGGCCAUGGGUGGACAGGACGUCAGCAGGGAGUUUCUCUACCACCUCGGCUCGCCUGGCAAGCCCUUCGUUCACUCUGGCCCUGAGCUCUUCCCGCCCAG